ACACGAGCUGGAGGACUACCUGGUAUCCGAGAGAGUGGCGAGAUACAGAGGAAGGGUGGGAUUUAAAACCAAGCGAGUUGGUGGAGGAGGAGGUGAAUUCUGACCUACCUAACGAGAGAGCGGGAUAAAGCCUGGAUCAGUGAGAGAUGGAUUGGAGAGGGACCCAGACCGUGAACAGGGCGCUGGCCGCGACACAUGCAAACACAAUGUUGAGACUCCUCGCCCAGUCUUUCGCUAUGUUACUCCUAGUCUUGCUUCUCGUUGCCAACUUCGUGGUUGUUAAGAGUGCGGAGGCUGUAACCGUUCUCUACAGGAAGAUUAGCAGACAAUGAAGAUGUCAGGGACAGGACCAGAUGCUGCAUUACUGCCUCGCUCACCUGGCCUACCAUUUCAGCCAACACCUGCCUCAGCGCAACAGAACCAAACUCCAAGUCCUGUUGGUGCUGCUGGUGACUGUCUUUCUUUUCCCACAGAUGUUUGUACUUGCUCGACCAAGGUCAUCACGAUAUUGUGACCAGCCCCUUCUCUACAACCUGACCACAUUCAUUAUCUUCACUUUCAUCAUGACAGGGUUCACUCUUCUGUUGACGUUAAUGGACCCAGUUCCUCGUGGGUUGAAAGUGGCUUUUCAUGCCUUUGGAUUGGGAUCAUUUCUACAGGGGGUCGUAACCACGGCAUUCACCAUCACUGCGCCUCAGUGUGUAAACACUACUCCUGAGCUGUACUACCUGUCCCUGGUGCUGUCUGUACUCGGCAUGCUCGCCACAGUGUUCGUCAUUCUCCUGAUCCCAUUCUGGCUGGUUAACAGCGUCUACCGAGGAAUGCUUCUAAAUGCAGGAUCACGAGCUGGAAUUUGCCACAGGCCUGUUGCUGACUGCCCGUGUCUGUGGUACGUUUAACAGAAGGCAACUCGUAUUGUUUGAUUAAAAAGCGAGUCCCACACAGGCACGAAGAAUGCAUUUGGUUGCUGUACAACAGAAGCUUCUGGAACAUUCCACUUCGAGGGCUCACGCGAUUCCAGUGGUAGCAACUCAAGCUGAGUUAUUCGGAAGAAUCUGAGUGAAUUAUUUGUCGGCAUUUUAUCGGUUGAUUGAAGUUGACUGCAACAGAGUAGUUGCAUUUGUGGAAUUGUUGGCCGCAUAUCUGCCAUGUCAGGGAAUCGAGGCGGUUUCAGAUCAAUUUAAAUUGCUGCAGCGGGUCAACAUGAAAGCUUUCGCGUUCAGUCAACAGAACAGGCCUUUGAUUCAUUGAAUAACCAUUGGAGCUGUUUAACCCUUUGAGAGCUGAUGUUACAAGAGGAGACAUUCCUACUUGAUGUGCCCAGGUAGAAGAGAGCACCACAUUUUACCCGCCUUGUCUUCUAGGAACCAAGAGAACCCUGCAUUUAUAUAGUGCCCAUCGUGGACUCAGGAAAUACCAAAGCAUUACAAGAGCAUAAGAGAUAGGAGCAGAAUUAGGCCAUUUGGCCCAACUGGUCUGCCCGCCAUUUCAUCAUGGCUGAUCAAUUUCCCUCUCAGUCUCCGCCUUCCUCCUGUAUCCCUUCAUGCCCUGACCAAUCAAGAAUAUAUCAGCCUCUGCCUCAAACAUACCCAACUGACUUGGCCUCCACAGCCACCUGUGGCAACGAAUUCCACAGAUAUACCACUCUUGGUCUUAAAAAAAAAAUUCCUGCUCAUCUCCAUUUCAAAUGGAUGUCCCUCUAUUCUGAGGCUGUGUCCUCUGGUCUUAGACUCCCCCGCCGAAGGAAACAUCAUUUCCACAUCCAUUCUAUCUAGGCCUUUCAAUAUUUGAUAGGAUUCAGAUUACCCUGCCCCCCCACCCCACCA